CAAAAUGGUCCAUUCAACAGCUUAUUAAAACUCCUCUCCAUUUUCCAUAUUCUUUUAUUAUGUAGACAAUCACCCUUCUACUAUUGCAUUGAUUAUUUGUCUCUUGUUAUAGGUUGAUCCAUAUUAAAUAGUCAAUAGCUGAUGACAUGAACAUGGAGACUCAUGAACUACAGAUUAGUGGAAUACACUAGAAGACCAUCUCCCACAAAAUUGCCGAUCGAGUUCUUUUUCUCUCUCUAUGUAUGGAUGCAGUUCAUGCAGAUCAUGGAUCUUCGCUGCAAGGAGCUCAAGCAAUUUGGUCAACAAAAAUGGGCCAAGAACUCAAGAAGAAGGGUGCAAUAAGUGUCGCCCUCUUUUUAAUAAUCUUCGUCAUCAGUGCCCUUAUUGCCACCAGUUGGGUAGACAUGUCUAUUUUUCCAGGUGCUUCGUCUCAGAAGGCACUUAUAACCUCAGCAGAAAGUCACAAUAGUACACAAAAAAACCACGGAUACUCACUCAAUUGUUCCGCUGAUCAUAACACCACACAAACAUGCCCAAAAACUUACCCGACACGACACGAACCCGACUAUUCAUCAUCAUCAUCCGAGGCCUGCCCGGAAUACUUCCGGUGGAUCUAUCAAGAUCUAGAGCCAUGGAGGAAAAGCAACGGAAUUUCCAAGGACUUAGUGGAAAGUGGAAAAUCUGUUGCAGACAUUAGAAUUGUGGUUGUGAAUGGAAGGGUUUAUAUGGAGAAAUAUAGGGGCGUUUUUCAAACAAGAGAUGUGUUUACAGUGUGGGGUAUAUUGCAGCUUCUCAGACUGUACCCGGGGAAGUUGCCGGACUUGGAUUUGAUGUUCGGAUGUGGCGACCGGCCGGUGAUCAGAAAAAAGGAUUACAGAGGGGUGAAUGCCGGAAAAGCACCGCCGAUGUUCCAUUACUGUGGUGAUGACUCAUCGUUGGACUUGAUUUUCCCUGACUGGUCCUUCUGGGGUUGGCCUGAGAUUAGCAUAAAGCCAUGGGAGUCAUUGAAGAAAGAACUUGAAGAAAGCAACCACAAGACCAAGUGGGUGGAGAGAGAACCUUAUGCUUACUGGAAAGGCAACGCUGGGGUUAGCCCAACCAGACAAGACCUCAUGAAGUGCAAUAUCACAGACAACCAGGACUGGAAUGCUAGGUUAUAUACCUUGGACUGGAAUCACGAGUUUCGAAACAGGUUCAAGCAUACCAAUUUAGCCAACCAAUGCCUACAUAGAUACAAGAUCUAUGUAGAAGGAGUUGCAUGGUCUGUGAGUGAAAAGUAUAUUCUUGCUUGUGAUUCUAUGACUCUGCUCUUAAAUUCUCAUUACUAUGAUUUCUUCACAAGAAGUUUGCUACCUACGGUCCACUACUGGCCAAUAAGCCAGAAUGACAAGUGUCAAUCAGUUAAAUUUGCAGUUGACUGGGGAAACACUCAUCCUGAAAAGGCACAAGAGAUUGGUAAGGAAGGGAGCAAAUUCAUUGAGGAGGAGCUAAAGAUGGAGUAUGUAUAUGACUACAUGUUCCACUUGCUGAAUGAAUAUGCAAAGCACUUGAAGUAUAAACCCACUGUACCUCCAGGAGCUGUUGAAGUCUGCUCAGAGACAAUGGCCUGCAAUGCCAAAGGGUUAGAUAGGGAGUUCAUGAUAGAAUCCAUGGUGAAGAGUCCUUCCAAUAAAAGACCUUGCACCAUGCCUCCUCCAAUAAAAGAUUCUGAUCUUAGAGAUUUUCAAGAGAGAAAAGCAAAUCUAACAGAGAAAGUGAAAAUGUGGGAAGCAAGUGGGAAUUUUAGUGGCUUUCAAUUCUGAUCAGCAACUUUUUGUUGUGUGCCAUUUCUGUAACCUAAGUGUCACGGGUUUAGGUGUUAUAAGUUUGGGUUGUGGUACCAUCUUUGAGUGUGUAUAGUAAAAUUGCAUAUAUUUGAUUCUUCUCGUGGUCUAUUUUGGCAUGUGCUUCAAGCUAAAAAAAAUUUAGUCCCAGAGAACUACAUUUGUUUCCCUCUCCCUCUCUAUGAAUAUUGGACAAAAGUGAU